CCUCAUACUACUCAUCUGCACACACAACCAACCCGGGCAAACGACUUCCCUCAACGACAACCACUUCUAUUUUCAGAUUCUCAAAACAAUUCCUAUCGAUUACCAAGCAGCAAUAAUAAUAAUGGAUAGGGACAGAGAACGCGAUCGGGAGAGGGACAGGGACCGUGAGAGGGACAGGGACAGAGAACGCGACCGAGAUAGGGAUAGGGACCGCGACCGCGACAGAGAUCGUGACCGCGACCGUGACAGAGACCGCGAUAGGGACAGGGACAGGAGAUACCGAGACUUCGGUGGUAUCGACUCGUAUGUCCCCACCAUCCGCCGUCGUCCCUCGCGCUCCCCACCCCCUCCUCUACGCAGCGACAGCUGGGUUCCGCGUCGUCGCUUUUCCCGUUCCCCACCGCCGCCUGCACGUGCCCGAUCCCGCUCACCACACCACCCACCACCGCCUGCGAGAAGGAGACGUUCAAUCUCGAGGAAUUCCGCGAGGGAUAGAGCGAGAUCCAGAUCUCCACCACCUCGCCGCCGCUCCAGAUCGAGGUCUCCGCUGAGAAGGAGACGCUCCCCGCCGCCCCCGAGAGGUGGAUCUAGGUCCCCGAGGUUCAGGAGGAGAUCUCCGUCCCCCGCCGUCGCGAGACAGAAGGAUAAGUCCCCGGUGCGCGAGAAGCGAAAUUCGCCGCCUCCUCCUACCCCAGGCUCGGCAGUAGCUCCCGCGAGACCUAGAGAGGGCCGCUCACCUCAGCGUCAACCGCCAACUGGACCCGCAGCAACGAGAAGGGACACCUCCAGGGAGAAAGAAAAAGACAAGGAGAAGGAGAAGUCGCCGGUCAUCACCCGGGACAAAUCGAGAGAGAGAUCACCACCGCCGCCUCGUCGUCCACGUUCGAAAGAGAGAUCUCCCCCAUCUUCAGCUCUCCGACGGGGCCGUUCACCGCCGCCGACAUCGAGAAGAGCUCGUUCAACAGAGAGGAGCCCGCUCGCCUCCCGUAUCAACGACAGGACCAGAAGUACUUCGCGUCCUGCCUAUAAAGAUAGGUCCCCAAGGAAACGAUCGGCUUCACCAAGGUCUCCGAUGAAUCGUCGUGGAGGUCGUUCGAGGACGCCCACCGGCCCUCGCCGCAGGUCGAGGUCGCCAUACCGCGGUGGAGGUGGAGGAUUCGGUCGCGGUGGAGGAGAUUAUCGUCGCGGUGGAGGUCCAGGAGCUGGUGAUCGUUGGACGAGCAGCAGUGCUCGAGCCCGUUCGCCGUAUCAGCCGCGUGCUCGUACGCCGAAUGGUCCGGCUGCCACGAGGAGAGGACGUUCUCAUACUCCGCCGGCUCAGCGUCCAGUUGCCCGUGCUAAAUCGAGGUCGAAGAGUCCCGUGGAGGAGCCCACACCGCGAACCGCAGCGUCUCCAGUGACUAGAGCCGUUGAACCAUCGCCGCAGAUGCCGCCGUCUCGUCCUCGCUCACGAUCUCCGGCUCGCAACGCCGAGUCCCGCCACGAGUCGCCCCGCCCACCUCCGAGAUGGUUCCCUGGAUCGCCUGCCAUUCCUGGAUCUGGAGCCAAUUCCCGUGGACCACAGUCGCCGGCCUGCCCACCCUCUGCCCAUCGCUCCCCGCCGUCAAGAGCCCGCUCGCCCCCGAGAGGUCCUAGAAAUGACAUUCCGCCACAGCCACCGAUUAAUGGCCAAGGAAUUCACCCUGACCGUCUGCAGCAUCUGUCGUCUGCGGCUGCACCUACCAACGGUGCUCCUCCCGCUGCUCCGAGAGGUCCCUCCGGUGUCGGUGGAAGGGCCCCACCCACGCAUCCCCGUGGUGGUGGAGGAUUCGGACCACCCCGUGCCCAGCAGCAGCCACCGAUCAACCGCGGUCCCCCCGUUCCACAGCAGAGACCCACGCCACCUGCUCCCCCGCUCGGCCCGAGACGUGGAUCCGCCGUUGGCGUUGGCAACCCCGCCACCCAAUCCGCCACCCCUCAGCCAACCGCAAUUCCCACUGGUCCCCGCGCUGGCAACUUCCCUUACCGCACUUCGCUCCCCGCGCAGGCGCCAGUCCGGUAUGUCCCCGCUGCAACCGGUCCAGGAACUCUCAUCCCCGGCGGCAAACUCCUCCCGCCCAUCGACAAGGCGAGCGAGGACCGCUUGACCCGCCUGCGCGCGGAACAGGUCAAGCUCGAGGAAGAGGUGCGCAUCUCUCAGGAGAAGAAACGCAAGGGACUCUACGCCUGGGAGAAGAGCAAGCGCGAGGCGGAGAUCGCGAGCUACCGUGUCGAGGUUGCGGAACGCCAGCUCCAGGCGGCCCAGGAAGUCUCGCUCGAAUAGGAAACGGGUGAGCAGGCGUCGUCCAUGGAGUUGGGCGGCAUGGAUGGUGAUAAAUG